AUGCCUCCGGGAUUUACAGGUACAAAGCCUCUGAUCCCAAGAUUAAUAAGACCAUAUAAUCGUAGGCAUGAUGCCAAGAUGGGAACAUCUACUAAGGUUGGUGGUGUUCCAAACAAAACAACAAACAUUGAAACUAAAUCAUAUACUCGACCAAAAAUUGCUCAACCAGUUUCUCAUCUUGUUAAGAAACAAGAUGUUGAUGCCAUUAUUAACGAUCAAUUAGUUAAUGAAUUUGAUGAUUUCUUUAUUGAAGCAUAUUCAAGUUCUAUUGUUGAUGCAACUGAAACAUUCAUGAAUAACAAAUUUGAAGCCUCUAACACAUUAUACUUCCAAGAUAUUCCAAGUAUUCAGCAACUUUUCUCACCUACAUAUCGUAUUUCUUCAACAAGAACAUCUGGCAUUGUUGCUUACGCAUACUUUACACGUUCAAUCAUCAGAACAUCAAAGCCUACAACACAUCCUUCUUAUCACGCUCCAACAGAUUCAUUUACAAUUCCACAAGAUUGUCCUGUUCUCAUCAUUCCUGUUUGGGACUAUAAGGAUAAGGUUGUUGGUGUUGUAGAGAUUGUCAAACCAUUUGGAUCUCCAGAUUUUACAGAAGAAGAUGAAAAAUGGGGACAAUUGUUCCAAUACAAGUUCCAAGUUUACUCAAGAUUCUUCUUGCGCGCACCAGCUAAUGAGCCGAUGCUCCUUGAUCUUCUUUCUCUUGGAACUCUCGAUCAAAUUAUUCCUCAAAUCUGCAACCGUAUUCAGAAUUACUUAGGAGCUAGAAAUUGCGAAAUUUGGCGUAUCGAUCUUCUAUCUCAGAAGACUUUCAAGUACGGAUUCAACAUUUUAGAAAGUACUGUUGAAAAAUCUGGAAUUGUCGGAGCAGCUCUUAGCGAAGGAGCUAUUCUUAACUGUCCAAGAACACAUUUGCAUCCUCAAUACAACCCAGAUAUCGAUGGCCAAUACGAUGAACCAUUAUUAUUUGUCCCUGUAACGACAAACAGCCCAGAUGAAGUAUACGGUGUUGUUCUCCGUGGUACAGUGACUGGUGUUAUCUUCACAAACGAAGAUGAAAACGCUCUUUGCAGAGUGGCUCCAUUUAUCACUUUGGCCAUUCUCAAUAGCCAUAUCUACACUGACAUCAACACAGAAUUCGAACGCAGUCGCGCGGAAAGAGAAGGUCUCGCGGCCCUUCUCGAAGUCGCAGAAAUCUUAUCUGGCCAGCUCGAGAUCGACAGACUUACAGAAGUUAUCAUGGAGAAAGGUCGUCAGCUCACAAAGGCAGAUCGCUGCUCUUUGUUCAUUGUUUCUCAAUCUCGAGAUCGUCUUAUCACUUCAUUCCAACGUGGCCUUGCCAAUUCCAUUGAUAUUCCUAUCAACAAAGGUAUUGCAGGCCAGACAGUUACAGAAAAGAAGGUUAUCAAUAUCGCUGAUGCUUAUUCUGAUCCUUCAUUUGAUAAUACAACAGAUAUGGAGACAGGAUAUCGCACACGCUCUAUCCUUUCCGUUCCUAUCAUCAAUAACAAUACAGGCGAAGUCAUUGGUGUCACAGAAAUGGUUAAUAAGGCUGACAUGACACCUUUCACAGCCUGGGAUGCCCAUCUUAUCCAGAUUUUCAACGUUUUCUGUGGUAUUUCACUCGAAAACGCCACCCUUUACAGACAAAGUAUCGACAUGACAAACCAAUUGCGCUCAUUCUUCGAUGCUUCGAUGACUUUGACGACAAAUGGCUCUCUCCAGAAAGUUCUCAAAGACAUCGUCACGAAUGCACGCAAAUCCGUCGAUGCCAGACGCGCCGCAGUCUUCCUUGUCGAUGAAACGACAUCAACACUCAGUUCCUUCAUCAGUGAUGGCGGAAAACUUCCUGCAACACUUCCUUUGGCAGCAGGAAUUGUCGGUGCUUGCGUCAAAUCGAAAGAAAUCAUUUCAGUUACUGACGCAUAUUCAGAUCCACGUUUCAACCGCAGUGUUGAUAAACAGACUGGUUUCAAGACUACAUCAUUACUUGCAGCUCCUAUUAUAUCUAAGAGUGGAGAAGUUCUCGGUGUUGUUGAAAUGGUCAACAAGGAAACAGGUUCUUUCUCGGAGAAGGAUGCAACGAUGAUCAAGAGUUUCGCAACAUUUGCAAGUGUUUCAUUAGAAAACGCCAGAUUAAAGAACAUCGCAGAACUCGGUAGCGCUGAAAUAGAGAUGGCCAAGUAUGUUGGCGAAUCAGAGCGCCAGUCCUAUGAUAUUCCAAAUCGCUUAGUUCUCUCUGAUGACCAGAAGAGCACUGCUUCAAGUCUCAACUUCUUAUGCACUGAUUGUAAAGGAAUUGGGCAGGUCAAAAUCUUGUUCUAUUUGUUCAACAAAUUCAAGAUUUUGGAGAGAUUUAGUAUCACGAACGAGAUGUUCUUCAGAUUCAUUUACGAAGUCCGCAGCUACUACCACGAUGUUCCUUACCACAACUGGACACAUGCUGUCGAUGUCGUAGAAUAUGUUUCUUACGAAAUAACAACUGCAAAACUCGAGAACGUUUUGACACCUCUUGAGAUCUUUGCUUUGUUACUUUCCGCUGUUUGCCAUGAUGCAGGACAUGAUGGCUUCAACAACGUAUACAAUGAGAAGUCAGAGACUCCUCUUGGUAUCUUAUUCAAGUCCCAAUCUGUCAUGGAAACUCAUCAUUGUACAGUUGCAAUUCAAAUUUUGUCAAAUGAUGAAACAAACUUGUUACACGCUUUGAAUCCAACCGAUAUCAGAAAGAUGUGGAACAUGAUCAUCAAACUCAUCUUGGCAACAGAUAUGGCUCAUCACUUCAAGAUGGUUAAAGAUACUGGAGCACUUUUGGAUGAAAACACAUUCGAUCUAAAGAAAGAUGAACACAGAAUGUUGGCCAUGCAACUUUUGCUUAAGAUUGGUGAUAUUUCAAACGUGUCAAGACCAUUCAAACUCGCUGAUAAAUGGUGUGAUAUAUUAUCAGAAGAAUUCUGGAGACAAGGUGAUAAUGAAAUCAAGAAUGGCUUAGGUCUUUCAUCACCUUUGAAUGAUAGAAAUAACCAGGAUAAACCAAAGGGACAAAUUGGUUUCUACAAUUUCGUUUGCUUGCCUUUGUAUCAGGUUGUCGCAAGAUUGUUCCCACCACUCGAAGUUAACUUGAACUCUGUUAAAGCUAACUUAGAAGUUUGGAAAUCUUUGGCAAUUCAAGGUCAGAAGUAA